ACCAAUGGGAAGGGCGGUUAAGGAGCCCCCGCCCUCAGCCAAUCCCCUGCAAGAGGUUUGAGACUGUGAGCCAAUAAGGAGGAGCGGGAGGCGGGGCCAAGGGCGGGAGGCGAGGCUGAGGAUGAUUACAAAGAUGGCGACUGACUCGAAAAGUGACGGGGAGGUGCAAUAUCGGGGACAGAAGAGACGUGAUGCCAUCUGUAAUUUUGUCAUCUGCAAUGAUGCUUCUCUCCGAGGACAGCCAAUCAUCUUUAACCCUGACUUCUUUGUGGAGAAGCUCCGACAUGAAAAGCCCGAUGUUUUCACUGAGCUAGUGGUUAGCAAUAUCACCAGACUUAUUGACCUGCCGGGGACAGAAUUGGCUCAGUUGAUGGGGGAGGUGGACCUGAAGUUACCCAGCGGGGCUGGCACUGCAUCAGGGUUCUUCAGAUCACUCAUGUCUCUCAAACGCAAAGAAAAAGGAGUUGUGUUUGGAUCACCAUUGACAGAAGAAGGCAUCGCUCAAAUAUAUCAACUGAUUGAAUAUCUACACAAAAAUUUGCGAGUAGAGGGUUUGUUUAGAGUUCCGGGAAACAGUGUCCGACAACAAAUUCUAAGGGAUGCUCUUAACAACGGUGCUGAUGUUGACUUGGAGUCUGGGGAGUUUCACUCAAAUGACGUGGCCUCUCUGCUGAAGAUGUUCCUGGGGGAGUUACCGGAGCCCCUUCUGACCCAUAGACAUUUCCACGCACACCUGAAGAUUGCAGAUCUCAUGCAGUUUGACGAUAAAGGAAACAAGACCAGCAUCCCGGAUAAAGAGCGCCAGAUUGAAGCCCUACAAUUGCUCUUCCUGAUUCUUCCACCGCCCAAUCGUAAUUUGCUGAAGCUGCUGCUUGACCUUCUCUACCAGACAGCGAAGAAGCAAGACAAGAACAAGAUGUCAGCCCACAACCUUGCCCUGAUGUUUGCUCCUCACAUCCUGUGGCCAAAAAAUGUCACUGCAAAUGACCUUCAGGAGAAUAUCACAAAACUGAAUAAUGGGAUGACUUUUAUGAUUAAACAUUCUCAGAAACUUUUUAAGGCUCCUGCUUAUGUUCGGGAAUGUGCCAGGCUGCAUUAUCUGGGCUCUAGGACUCAUGCAUCAAAGGAUGACCUGGAUCUGCCGACCUCAUGCAGUAGCAAGGACUUUCCACUUUCAAAAUCCCAUAAGAGGACCCGUAUGAACACUUGCUUCCAACAGGAAGAGACCCAACAGCGUACAGAGGAGGCCCUCAAAGAGUUAUUUCGACAUGUUCACAACAUGCCUGACUCAGCAAAGAAGAAGAAGCUAAUUCGACAGUUUAAUAAGCAGCCAACAGCUCAAACUCCAGGAGCAGAUGGAUUUACUCCCCAGUUUCAGAAACGGACCCGUUCACGCUCCUUCAGUGGACUUAUUAAGCGGAAAGUCCUGGGGAAUCAGAUAAUAAUGGAAAAGAAAAGUAGGUGUUGUACUCCAGAAUCUGUGGAUAUUGGUGAAAUGAACAGAUCCAGCAAAGAAAAUGUGAACUUAGUUUGUUCUGGAUCUCCAGCACUGAAGGCGACACCAGCAAGGUUAAAAUUGUCUGAAGGCAAGAAAGAAGGGAGAAAAGGAAUCCUGUAAAGGAAACCAGAAUCCUCAGGCUUUCCAACCAGGAGCCUUCCAUUUAGUGCAAUCUAAAUAGGAGUCAACAUAUCUAGUAAAGCAUGGACUUGCAGCCUGCCUCCUGCAAUUUGAUUUUCAGAGCCAACUAAUGCUAUGACUUGACUGUUACCUCUAAUUCUACUCACUGGAUAAUUAUUUGGAAACUGUGCCUUAUGAGAGAAUGUUGUGAACUUGUGUAUGUUUUCAUUUUUUUUAUUAUUUCAGAAUAUGGGGAAACCACUAUCUAAUAAACAGCUUACACAAUAGGUUGAAUAUUUUGAAUAAAGUGGGCAUGAGAGUUCAUGCAAUGUAGCAGCUCAGUAACUUCUUUUUUAAUCCAGUAUUUGUGUUCCUCUCUCAGUAUCUGUCUUUUCAAUAUUGCCUCAAGCUUUCUUUGGCUACUGGCAGAUUUAUUUUUGUACUGAUAGUUUUGGCUUUUCUUUGUUUUAAUAGAUUGUUUUCUGCUUGAAAAUCCUUCGUUUCCAAUUAUAAAAGCCUCAAUAUAUGAGGCUUUGAGCCAUUUUUCAAUGUCAUUUGGCCUUCCACUUUUGUCUUCAGGAAGAAUCCUCUUAGGUUUGGGGAAACUGUGUACUCUCUUGCUUUCAUAUCUCUUAUUUCAGUGUUUGUAUCUUCAUCUGAGACUGUUCAGGAAUCUCUUUUUGGAAUAUUUUCUUGGGAUCCAGAGAUUGGAAUGUGUUUAUCUGAAUUAAAGCAUGAAAAAACCAACAGUCUGCAUAAACGCUGUAGUAUUUAACAAAUAUUUUGGUUAUUUUGUGUUUUACCAUUUAAAUUAUCACAUACUCUUUUUUCCCCCAUUUUUCCUUUUCUUAUCAUUUACAAUGACAAAACAGCGUGUUGUUGCCAACUUCUCGCCUCUUCAGUCAGUUGCCUCUUGUCUACACACAUAUCUCUGUUUCCUUUUUAGAACCUUUGCCCUUUAUUGUUUCUGUGGCAAAUAUCUGGAAAUCAGAUCAGAAAAGUUGCUGACAACUCAUAGGAGAUCUGUUAAAAUAUAUGUACCAAUGGGCUGUAUGUGGUAGAAGCUCUGUACUGUGAGUGGGAUGGAGCCAGCUUGCCUGGUAUUGAGAAUUGGGAGAGUCAUAUGGGGAGGCAGAAGUACCCAAAUUGUGUUUUCUCAGGGAGACCUAUACAGUCAAGUUCUCCUGGCUUCUGAGAGCAAAUUGAGGGUGUUGGGGUAUCGCUCGGAAUGAUGGAUUUGGUGAAAUCUGUGGCUUAUCUCCAAUCCUGAAAGGAAUGUUUGUUAUCCUAAUGUCAUCACUCCUCAUUAGGGUGAGUGUGCAUGGUCAUUCAAAGAUGGUGCCAAAGACUUGAGUGGAGUGAGGUGGGUUGGUCAGUAGGAGGCUCGUAUACAUACAAAAACGUGUGUGUGUGUGUGUGUGUGUGUGUAGGAGCAGUCGUGGGCUAUGUGUUGAACUUGCAUAAAUUAUUAACAAAGCAAACAUCUUUGUUAGAAACUUAUGUCAUGCUGCCUCUUUUGGUGUCAGCAUAGCAGGGCUUGAGGUUUUCCUUAAACUAGUAAAAAAUGCUGUUAUCAUUGAAAUGAAAGUUUAUCCUGAUUGUCGGAGGAUAUGUGCAUUGCAUAUGCAGCUUAAGUGCCAGCCCACCCUUCCACAUUUCUGGUUUCUGGGUCUCAGUUUUGUUAGUGUAAUUUUAGAAGUGAAGGCAAGUAAGAAACAGUAACUCCCUGUCUGAUAGAGCGGAAGCUUGGUUUGAAUGAGGUGAGGGAUGCAGUAAAAUAAGACAGUGAGGGGUUGUUCUCAUCCAGAGAAAAUUGAGGUUAUUUAAAAAAACUUCUCAUAAUCAACCAAAUUACAUAUUUGGUAUCUAACAUUUUUUCCCCAUUUAAAAACAAAUAACCAUCCUCCUUAGCUACAUAUCAGUGAAUCCAAAGGAGCCGGGUUAUUUUUGCCACUUAAUUAAAGGAG